AUGCAAUAUACGACGGAUAGGCAGUGGAUCGGCGGCUCAAAGUCAGAGACAGUGGCAACUGACGCGAAAAAUGCGUCUCCAAUCUCUGCUGUAGCUGUGAAUUUGAAUAGCACGCAAUAUUAUCGUGUCACUGACGGUGCGCAGUUCCAUAUCUUUUACAUCGACCAGAACAACACCGUCAGGCAAGUAACAAAGUCGAAUAUCUCAGAAAUAUGGCAGCCCGGUCCACUGAGCAAUCUCAACCUGAAGGCCAUGGACUCGCCCAGCUCCGGUCUGCAGGCAUGCUGGAAGGGCAACUAUUACGGCGACUCCGACUACACCAAAAUGCCCACUGCAUCAGGUCAGACCAACGACAAGCCAUUCGACAAGGAUCUGGGCAUAAACAUCUGGUUCGCCGUCGACGAGUCGACCUUCCAACAAUACGCCUGGUACAAUGGUUCAGACGCAUGGGUACCCGUGCAACGCUGGUCUGGCUUCAACGCCCAUGCCGGCGUUGGCUGUUACAGCUGGGGAGAAGGCAGCACGACGUACGCCAUGAUGGCCAACAAGAACAACGACGUAGAAUUCUGGUGGAAAGACGGAAACGCCACACUCCCAUCGACCGAAACCCACCCCAUCAACUCGUGGCAAAACGCCAGCCACGCAGCCAUCCGCGGCGUCCAUCCCCUCACCUCGCUGGGCUUCACGACUUACUUUUACGCGCAGAUGGCGGACCGCAGUAUCAAGGGCUAUAAUGUCACGUAUGCGGGCGAAAACACGACGUUCCUGGAGGACAAGACGUUUGCGAUUACGGAUCCCGCGGGCCCUGCGCUGGGGCUGGGUGGGACGCAUCUUACGGUCACGGCGUAUGCAGAGAAGGAGGGGAACACGACCAAGUGGGAUAGCUUGUAUGUGUUCUACCAGACGGCUGGGGACGAUAUUACGGCUUUCACGAGGCCGAUUGCCGGUGGGGAGUGGACGAAGGGGAGCUUGAUGAUUCCUGACACUUAG